AUGGGUGAUUCCUUAAACAGUUCUCUCAACGAUUUAGGUCAUCACGUUUCAUGUUUGUAUAUUAGCUCCGGAGAACAACUGGACGACAUUUUUCGUCUGCACUCCAAAUUUGUCAAUGAUAUGCGCGGCAUCUGCAUAAAUCUUGGCAACUUCUUCUCAUCAUUUGUACCAUUGUUAGAUUCCUUUGUAAUUGGACCUAAAAAUUUAUUAAAUCCACAGGAUUUCGUCUCACAUUUUAAUAAAUUAACAGUUGCCGAUUUUUUAAAUAUUUCAAAGUCGGAACAGAUUUUAUCCGACUGGAAGCAACUAACCAGGAGAUACAUUGACUCCGGGAUUAACUUGGAAGGCAUUGAGCGCUACACCAGCUCGGUUGAGCUGCACAACGAUUUGUUACAAGAAUUGGUGAAUCGUUCAUCAGAUUUCGAUAGGCCUCAAAAGUACUCUGAGGCUAACACUUAUAUCCCCCUGGGCGUCCUAAAGUCUCGAGUUAACAAGGAGGAGACGAAACCCAUGUCUGAGGAGGACAAGAAGUUUCUGGAGGGGGCCAUGGCGAGCCUCCAGACCCACGAGAAGGAGAUUGCAAACUCAGUUUCCGAGAUCAACAGAAUAGCUAAGUUGUUCUCCGAAGGGCCUCGCGACCUCUCUGAGGAGGAGGUCAAGAUACUUCUGGAGAGCCUCGAGAUGCUGGAGGAGCAUUUCGAGGACCACCCUAGCAACUCUUCCAGUCUAAUUCGCUUGGGGCUGCUAGACUCAUUCACACUGCUGCUGCACAGCGACGACGACCAAGUGCUCUCAGCAACUCUAUCGAUAAUCUCCUGCGCCUUCUCCAACAACGAGUCGAUCUUGGAGGACGCCUCGAAGACGAAGCUGCUCCCAAAUCUCAUAAAACUCAAGGAUCGACUCAAGGACAGCGCCUUGGAGCCGAAGCUGAUCUCAGCCCUGUCAUCGUCGGUCAGGAACUGCAGGAGGGCCGAGGUCGUCUUCAUAACGCUCGACGGCCUGAGCUACCUGAAGGAGUGCCUGGGCAGGAGUAACCUGAAGACCCGAGAGCGCGCAGUGCUCCUGUUCAACCACUUCCUGUCCCUGGACAGGGUGGGAAAGCUGAUACUCGCCAAGCUCGACCCGUACGGGAUCGUCAAGGCGCUCCUCCCCGUGGACCCGGUGAACAAAGGCAUACAGUUCUGUGAACUGUCGUCGACCCUGGUGAGCUUACUGCUGCAAAAACACAGGGACAUACUCACCCGCGAGGAGGUCGAGGACGCGGUGCGGCGGCUCGACGAGCAGCUGGAGGCGCUGACUGCGCUAGGCAGUAGCGACUACAACAACAUCGUCGAAAUUCUCAGCGGAGCAAAGCAACUUUAA